AUGGACCCCUCCCCAUAUGGACACCUUCCCCAGCUAUGGACCCCCUUCCCCAGUAUGAUCGCCUUCCCACAUGAAAACCCUUCCCCACUAUGGAUCUCUCCCCAGCCAGGACCCCCCUUCCCCCGUAGGCCUCCUCCCCAGCUAUGGAUCCACUUUCCCCCGCUAGGACCCCCUUCCCCAGAUGGCCUCCUUCCCCAGCCAUGGACCCCUUCCCCGCAUGGAUCCCCUUCCCCAGUAUGGCCCCCCUCCCCAGCUAUGGACCUCCUUCCCCCCGUAUGGAUCAUCUUCCCCCCGCUAGGACCCCCUUCCCCAGUAGGAUCCCUCCCAAACUUUUGGUCUCUUCCCCAGUAUGGGCCCCCUUCCCCCGCUAUGGAUCACCUUCCCCAGGAGGCCUCCCCCCCACUACGGACCUCCUUCCCCAGCUAUAAACCUUCCCCCGCUGGCCGCUUCCCCCGCUUGGACCUCCUCCCCAGUAUGCAUCCCCUUCCCCAGCUAUGA